GAUAUAGUUCCCAUGCUACCUCCAAGCCGUAUCUCAUACGUCCACGGUGGAGUUGAAUAUCUCAUUACCAGUACGAAACUACCACACUUACCAAAGGACAUACAACGGGUGGGAGUAUACAAUUAUGACGACUCUAAGUCAGUUAGUGCUGACCUUGACAAGAUUUUACGGAUUAUACCUGAGAUUUUUACCAAUUUUGAACAUGUUCACUACUUUGUUAAAAUUUCUGGUUGUAACUAACGUGGCUGCAAAAAAGAUAGAUUCUCGCAAUUGUGGCCUUUCAAAGUUGCAAACAUGAUAUCCAGCUUUUUACUAUUGGUAAUAUUUUUGAUUACCGGUGGUUUGGGUGCUACCGAGUACAAGAACACAGUGGAUAGUUAUCCAUCUGACUACAAGCUGCUUGUGGAGUACGCGAACAUAGCGUCCUUUGCGUAUUGUGUCAAGCACGGGUUACAACCCGGUCCCCUUGGGAAAAAACUGUCACAGUGUCCUAUUGCAAGGUGCCAGUUGGAUGAGUACAAAGGCUUACAAGUUAUUUCUACCUUCAACUUCAACGAGAUGGGAGAUGUCGGAGCGGGGUUAUAUGCCAUUGACAUCAGAAGUAAACGGAUCAUUUUGGUGUACAGAGGUACAAGCUCCAGACGAGACGGGCUUGCGAAUAUUGAUAUAUUCCCCAUGAAAUAUGAACCUUUGAUCAACUUGGUCAAUGGAUAUGAGAAAGUGGGUUGUGACGGAUGCCGUGUCCACAGAGGUUUCUACAAUUUCCUUAAGAAAGAUGCUUACAGUAUUGUAACUGAGGUUAAUCAGCUCUGGAAACAGCAUAAGGAUUACCAGUUGGUUGUAGUAGGACAUUCUCUAGGGGCAACGUUGGCUCUUUUAAGUGGUAUUGAACUUCAACUUAUGGGCUUGAAUCCACUUGUUAUCACCUAUGCCAGCCCUAAAAUUGGAAAUAAAGAGAUGAUGAUGUUUGUGGACACUUUAUUUGAGAGUGAGAAAGUUGCAGCCAUGUCCUUGGAACAUAAAGAAUUGCACCACGGAUACAUCCGAGUGGUUCAUGAAGGCGAUAUUGUGCCUCUGCUUCCCCCCACCAGCGUUUACCGACACGGUGGAGUGAAAUAUGUGAUUAACAAACCAGAACUUCCUCAUUCUCCAGAAAACAUACUUCGCGAGGGAAUGUCUCUGUACGCCUGGGACGUUUCAAACAUGGACUACAGUAAACCAGCGAUUCUCCAGAACUUGAACCCGAUAUUCCAGGAGAAGGAGGCACACUCCUCCUACUUUGUGAAAAUCACUGGUUGCACCUAACGUUAGUUAUACAAUUAUUUACAAGCAAUAGCCAACAUCAGCUCUGGAAUACACACUUUAUUUCUGGUUUUUCCCUUUUUCUCCCCGUCCUUUAGUUCAAAGUCAUUCAACUUUUGCCAGCCGGACCACGAGACAUAGUUCAAACUGGCCAACUUGUCGUCCACCUCAUAUGAAGUUGGGUUGGUGUGUACGCCAUUAGCGAGAUCCUGAAUCAUGUUCUCAGCAGUGUCGAAAGAGUCCAUCAUAGUGGAGGCAAUCACCCCUUUAGGCCCAUUUUUGAUCCAACCGGACGUGUAGAACCCAGCCUUAUACACCGGCAGUUUUGGGUCGGAGGUCUGGGAAGAAAUCACUCUUCCACCGCCAUUGAGAAUUCGAUUCUGUCUGUCAUCAAAAGUCAUUUCAUUAGCAUCAAAUUCAUUGAGAGCCGAGCCCUUGUAUCCGAUGGAAAGAAUCACCAAGUCGUUCUCAAGCUCCACGGUGUCGGUGUUGGUAGAAGCGACUAUUUUGUACCCGUCGUUGUCAGGCACUAUUUCGUUUCUCGAGAAAAUAGUUUUACAUAAAAGCUGAGGAUCAUCUUCACUGGCCACAAACGCAACAGGCGUCUUUAAGUACUGAAGUGACCAGGAUUUCUCUGCCUCGAUGUCUGACACCUCAAGUUUAGAAUACUUGUCGAGAAUUGAAACUCUUCUCUUAUUGACUCUAUCCAACUUCUUCACAAAACCAGCAAGAGCAUCGUACAUAUCGUCACUCACAGGUACAAAUCUGACCUUCCCGGUGUUGCUCAACUCUAACAACUCUCUUAGCUCCUUGUUGGU